ACAAGAAUCAACAACAACAAAAAAACAAUUUCAGAUAGAAAGAAAGAAAGAAAGAAAGAUAUAUCAGAGAGGAAGAUCGAAAGGCAAUGGAGUGUAGUCAUCCAUCAUUCAAGGAAAACAAGUGUACACGUUGCAACCUACCCAUCGCCGACUGUGGCAAUCCGGCCACCAUACCAUUCCGGUACAUCGACGAUAACUUAUCCAUCACCGUCGACGAAGUUAAGCGUGUUCGAGAUGUUAACAUGAAGUUUUUGACAGAAAACAAGAAACUUCACUUAGUUCUUGACUUGGAUCAUACUCUUAUCCAUUCUAUGAAGAUCAAGAAACUCAAGUCUACGGAUAAAGAAACUAUCAAAAAUAUCAAGUACGAUGACGUGUUCGAGAUCAAGCUUUCUAACAGUGAAUAUGUUUUGAAGUUAAGGCCAGGUGCUCGUGAAUUUCUUGAUAUGGUUAGUUCGAUGUUUGAAUUAUCAAUCUUUACAAUUGGUAAACGUGAGUAUGCUCAUCAAGUUGUUGAACAACUCGGUGGUUUAUCGAGGUUUUCGUGUGUAAUCGCAAGGGAAGAUUGUUUGAAGACGAGGCAAAAGACGUUGGAUUUGGUGUUAUCACAUAAACAAACUGUUUUGAUAGUUGAUGAUACGGAACAAGUUUGGGAGAAAUCUUGUAAGGAAAAUCUGAUAACAAUAAAACGUUACGACUUCUUUCCCAUAAAGGAAGAAGGAAUAGUAGUGGAGAUGGAUAAGGAACUUGAUAGGGUUUUCGAAAUGUUAAGGGAAGUUCAUAGUUUGUUUUAUGAUGGUAAUAAUGAAGAUUAUGGUAUGAAAAAAGAUGCAAGGGAAGUUCUCAAAAGGGUUUUGAUUGGUCGAGGAUUAAGUUGUUUGAGUCAAGAACAACACCAAGAAGAGGAUCAAAAGAAGCUUGGCAAAUGUAUUGAAAAAGGUGUUGAAGUGUGUAGGGUGAAGAGGUUAAAAAUCAAAUUUAAUGGUGCGUGGCUAGAAAAUCCUUGUGUUCCAACAAAAAGAUUAGAUUGUUUGGGUGAAGAACGAGUUAACAACGAAGAUCAAAAGAAGAUAAGCGAAUCUAAAGAAGGAUCAAGUGUAGCAAUGAGCAGGCCAAAGAGGUUAAGAAUUACAUUUAAUGGUGUGGUUCAGAAAACUUAUUGCGUCCCCAACCGUAAAAGAUACAAGAAGACACAUGAAGUGUUCAAUUCUUCAUGUUUAGUAUAGCUAAUUAAGCUAGCUUAGUAAUGUAAUAAUGUAAUGGUUCAAUGUUAUUAGUCCCUUUGGGGUUGGGAAGGCCCUUCCUAGAAGGUAAGUCCCUCCCUAAAGGAUUGUUAUUUUUGCCGUGGAGCAUUA